AGGAAACGCGAUGUGUUCCUGAAGAUGUGUGUUUUCAUGUGAUAUCCAGUUAUUACUUUUAUAUUAAUAAUCACGUAAUGUGACAAUAGUAUAAUCGUUUUAGAUAUAUAGUAUUAUUGAUCUAACAAGAGAUCUGAAUAGUGGUUAGACUAGAUAAGUGUUCAACAUGGUGCGAAGACGGUCAUACAUUUUGGGCGCUAUGGCGUUUGCGGUGAUGUGGGCAGUGGCAUCGGCCAGUGAUGCACAAGGAGUAUCUUCAACAGCUGCCACGGAGCGCGCGGCCACCACCGGGAGCUUCUGGCAAGGCUUUCUAGCCUCCCUGUCAGUGGUCAUAGUCUCCGAGCUCGGCGACAAAACCUUCUUCAUCGCCGCCAUAAUGGCCAUGAAGCACCCACGCAUCAUCGUCUUCGCCGGCGCGAUAUCAGCUCUCGUCUUCAUGACCAUACUCUCCGCGGCCUUCGGAUGGAUCGCGACGUACAUACCAAGGAUAUACACGUAUUACAUCAGUGCGGCGCUGUUCGCGAUCUUUGGGCUGAAGAUGCUGAGAGACGGGUGGAAAAUGGACCCGAAUGAAGGGCAGGAGGAGUUAGAGGAGGUGCAGAGUGAAUUGAAGAGGAGGGAGGAUCAGGAUGAAAAAGAAGAAACUCUAGAAAUGCUAGAGCAGGGUCAAGCAGAGAACAAGCGGCGGAAACGAAACGCCGUUAUUAAGGUGCUCCUCCAAGCGGCGACGCUAACCUUCCUCGCGGAGUGGGGCGACCGGUCGCAGCUGGCGACGGUGGUGCUGGCCACGCGCGAGAACACCGUCGGCGUGGUGGUGGGCGGCUCGCUGGGACACGCGCUGUGCACCGGCCUGGCUGUCGUGGGCGGCAGGAUGGUCGCGCAGAAGAUAUCUGUUAGGACUGUGACAAUAAUCGGUGGCUUGGUGUUCCUCUUCUUCGCCGUGAGCGCGCUCUUCAUCGGCCCCGACUAAUAUAGACAAUGUACGUGUAAGUGACAAUAGUAUGAUAGUUCCUUGUGCACUUAAUAUUACGUGCUAAGAACGAUUUUGUUAGAGCUAGUGUUGCUUAGGGCCAGUUCGUCAAACACAGUUAACAGACAUUAACGUAACGCAGAAAUUCCCA